AUGACAGACAUCUGCUGUGAUGGUGUGAAUAAAAUCCAAAGUCAUGAGGAAGCCUCAGUGUCCAUCAGCUGUCCGUAUGAGUCUCAGGAUAAGAACAACCUGAAGUACCUCUGCAGAGGAAAGCAGCCCUCCACAUGUCUGCAGCAGGCAGUAAUCACCUCAGACAACACCCAGAACAGACGGUUCAGACUCACCGAUGACAAGAUGUCAAGAUUCACAGUGAACAUUGCCAGUCUGACUCUAGAAGAUUCUGGGUUGUACCUUUGUGGUGUCCAUAGAAACACAGGACUGGAUGUUUUCUCUGCCAUUGAGCUAAAGGUCAAAGAAUGGUGCUGUGUGAAGUCAAAGAACAUGAGCGGCAUUGUGGGAAGUGCAGUAGCUCUGCAGUGUCCUUAUCCACCACAACACCAGAAAAACAGGAAGUUCCUCUGCAAAGGAGACAAACGCAACAGCUGCACAGAUAUGAUGAGUCAAAGCAGGUUCACACUGCACAAUGGUUCCUCCAGCUCUUACUUGGUCCCAAUCAAGGACCUGGAAGCAGGUGAUGCUGGGACGUACUGGUGUGGAUCAGAUAUACAGUGGAGUGUUGGAAACUACACCAAGAUUCAUCUGGCCUACAAGAUGCUGACCAAGUGGUUCAAAAGAGUUGUGGAUCAAGAGGGGAGAGACGUGGCCUACUAG